CAUAGGUGGAGAAGUAGCGAGAGGAAAUGAAGGAAGCUACGUGGGAAAACAUUUCCGCAUGGGAUUUAUGACAAUGCCAGCUCCUCAGGACAGACUGCCACAUCCUUGCUCCAGUGGCUUUACUGUGAGAUCCCAGUCUCUUCAUUCUGUUGGAGGAACUGAUGAUGAAAGUAGCAGUUCUCGUAAGCAGCCACCUCCAAAACCGAAGCGAGACCCCAACACCAAACUCAGCACCUCAUCUGAAACAGUCAACACUGGAACAACAAGUAAAAGUGGGAAACUACCGGACAGGACUGAAGUGUCAGCCAAACCAAGACCUCACAGUGAUGAAUACACAAAGAAGAUUCCACCUCCUAAGCCGAAACGCAAUCCAAACACUCAACUAAGCACAUCUUUUGAUGAAACAUAUAUCAAAAAGCAUGGCCCUAUGAAGACAACUCUCACUAGGGAUGCCUCUUUAUCGCAGGUCAGCAGUCCUGCUCCAGACACAGAGGAAGAAGAGCCUGUUUAUAUUGAAAUGGUUGGGAAUAUUCUCAAAGACUUCAAAAAAGAUGAGGAUGACCAAAGUGAAGCAGUCUAUGAGGAGAUGAAAUACCCUAUAUUUGAUGAUGUAGGCCAAGAUUCAAAAUGCCAAUGUGAAUAUGACCAUCACACUUGUUCUUCUCAGUGUGCUACUCCCACAGUGCCUGACCUAGAUUUCACCAAGUCUCCAGUGCCAUCUACUCCCAAGGGCUUGCUUUGUGAUAUACCCCCACCAUUUCCAAAUCUGCUUUCUCACAGACCUCCACUGCUGGUGUUCCCACCAGCACCAGUGCAGUGUUCCCCGAAUUCUGACGAGUCUCCUCUAACUCCACUAGAAGUCACAAAGCUUCCCGUUUUAGAAAAUGUGUCUUACAUCAAACAACAACCUGGAGCUUCUCCAUCUUCACUGCCACCUCAUACACCAGGCCAUCAAAAACUGGAGAAAGACCAGACUGUAUCUCAUGGAACUAGCACCCCUGGGCACACCUCCUCACCUCCUCAUCCUUCUACCUUAUACAGAACACAGUCUCCACAUGGUUAUCCUAAAAGUCACUCUGCCUCACCUUCUCCUGUCAGUAUGGGUAGGUCUCUUACCCCUUUAAGCCUCAAAAGACCUCCACCUUAUGACUCUGUACAUUCAGGAAGUCUCUCAAGAAGCUCUCCAUCAGUGCCUCAUUCUACAGCCAGAAACACAUUGCAAGAAGGAGGAAAGAUGGUAAAUGCCUCGGUCAGUACCUACGGGUCAUCAUCUCAGAGUGGUUCCCGUUCUCGGACACCCACCAGUCCUCUGGAGGAACUAACCAGCCUCUUUACCUCAGGAAGAAGUCUCCUGAGGAAGUCCUCCAGUGGCAGAAGAUCUAAGGAACCUGCAGAAAAACCACUAGAUGAGCUGAAAAUCAGAAGUCACAGCACUGAACCACUACCAAAGCUGGAAAACAAAGAGAGAGGACAUCAUGGGACAGCUUCCUCUAGGGACCCAGGGAAAGCUCAGGAAUGGGAUGGAACCCCAGGCCCACCUGUGGUGUCCAGCAGGCUGGGGAGAUCCUCUGUCAGCCCAACCAUGUUGUCUGGAAGCAACAGCUCAGAGUCUAAAGCAAGUUGCAGACUAGGUCGUUCUGCAUCCACAUCAGGUGUGCCUCCCGCGUCCGUCACGCCGCUCAGGCAAAGCAGUGAUCUUCAGCCGAGCCAGGUGACGUGUAUGCAGUGGUUACAAGGGGACCAUACGAUGCUGGAUAUGAUUGAGAAAAAACGUUGCCUCUGCAAAGAAAUAAAAGCUCGCCAGAAAUCAGAGAAAGGACUCUGCAAACAGGACAGCAUGCCUAUUUUGCCGAGUUGGAAAAAGAAUACCGGGACCAAGAAAUACAGCCCUCCUCCUUAUUCCAAACAACAAACUGUUUUCUGGGACACUGCAAUUUGA